ACUUUGGUAGUAAGAGAGGCUAGACGGGCUCGUGAAUAAGAAGAAUAAAGAUUUUCUUUGCUUAAGCUUUACCACUUGAGUGGCCCGAUUCAUUUCACAGGUGAAUUUCCACCACAAUCUUGGCAUCCCUGGGUGGGCUCAAACAUCUCAACGGAGUGACUGACUGACGACAACUAGACCAAAUUUGAAGAGCGCUCUGAAAAGUGGACGAGUGGAUUUCUCGAAAAACGAGACACUCACCUAGUUACAGCAGUCGCUCACGCCGAGUGACUGAGCCAACGACCCGGUGAGUUGAUUUUAUAUAUUUGGCCUCUUUGGUAAAUUAAGCAUAAGAAAGGAGUCCUGGAGGACUCUUAGUGAACUGGGUUCACAGUUACAACAAAGCUUUACAGUCAGGGGCUGUACUAGAGAAGUUCUGAUCAGAGAGAAGUCCCAGGGGGAUUCCUGGGGCCGGUUGCACCAGCUAAGUUAAAACUUAGCCUAGUUGUUGCGUAAAUGGGCAAUAAGUCACAAUUUACACACUACUAAAUAUUUGAGUGUUGCACCAUUAAACUUAGGUAGGACGUAACCCUACGUAUAAACUAAAUAUUUACGGAAGCCUCUGACCAGGGAUAACGAAUGGAAUAAAAAAAAGCAGACUCAUUUAAUGACAUCAAUGAGCUUAUGUUUUGCGUGACAGGCUCCAAACCUUGACACACAUUAUUAUGUUGACAUUUACACUCGUGUACAUUUAAGAGAGAAAAAACAUUCUAUAAAAAAACUAAAAAAAAAAAGACUUACUUCUUCAACAUGAAACCGAUCUAACAGUGCACUUUCCUGUGUACGGUGUCAAGUUUCAAAAUAUACAAUAUAUAAGACAGCACUAUUAAAAUGAAUAAAUGUCUAUUUUUCCAGCCUGUUGUAUAGGUAGUUAUCUAUUUAUUGUCCCUUAUUCAUUUUAGAUACAGUUAUUGAAUCUUGUUAUUUACAUAGGCUAAAUAUACCAAUAAUGAAAUCUUGUUUUAUUACAUGUUGUAUUUUAAUGGGGAUAUAAUUUAAUACAGCUGACAGUUACGUGAGCAAACAAGGUAUGAACAUCAACCGUAACAAGAUCAAAUUGAAAUUCAUGGCUGUUUAGCACUUCUGUGCACAAAUUUGAAGGCUGCUUAUUGGAUCAAUACAGGUAAACGUCAUAUUAUGCAACUACGCAUUACUUUAUGGAGAGCUUAUGACCUACUAGCCAAGUCUUGCCUUAAGAACAGGUGGUGCAACCAAUUUAAGCACUAACUUAGUUACAAACUAACUAGUAGUUACUAAGCCCUUAGUGUGUACUUUAUGCCCCAACUUACGUGAGAACUUACGCACAGCUGGUGCAACCCUACCCUGGUGAACUAGAAAGUUCACUGUUGCAUAAAUCUUUAAAGUCUGGGACUGUACUAGGAUAAUUUCUAGUAUGUAGCUCGCAACCUUCUUAGUAGACGUACUAAGUCAUAAGAAACAGAGGGAAGGCACUCAGAAGAGCUCUACAGAAAAUCUAAAAAAUAAAAAGACCAAAGAGUACAUAGGGCCUUUGAGAGAAAUGGAAAAGGUUUAUGGAGAAAUAGAUUUAAAAAAAAAAAAAAAAAGUAAAGCUAUGGCAUAAAUGGACAACGGGCAAGUUCCCAGAAAAUGGCACUUUAAGUGUUACUAAGUUGGAAGAAUGUAGGUAUUUCUUGCAGAACAGGAAUGCGAGAGGUGGAAUGGAUUAGAAUUAAUUGGAAUGAAUCAAAGUGGGAAAAUGAGGCUAAGAAAAGACUUUUAGGUGAAAAUAGACAGAAAAAAACAUGGUCAAUAUUAUAAGGGACAAAAGAAAGAUGAUUUUGAUGCUGCUGUGAGUCUAUCUUUGUCUCCAGGGGCUCCUCCUCUUCCUCUCAAUGAUUCUCCUCCACCUCCGCUCCAGCCUCUAUGAGCCAACCCUCAUCAGCUGACGUUACUGGGGCUUCAUCCUCUCAGCCAGAGGUCCCAAGAACGACCGUUAAAGAAGAACCAGUCUCUUCUCAAACCAGAUCUAAAGCGCCUAGAGGUCGCAGUACAGAAAGGAGAAAUAGACCCAGUAAAGACCAUCCAAAUCCAAAUCAAGAAAAACAUAAUAUGGAGGAAGACGACGACGAGUCCAGAGAUGACUUUUUUCAACCUGAUGAAGCAAAGAUAAAAAUUCUAUUGGUCCAGUUUCCAAACCCACGGGCAGGGCAGGCCGGUCAGCCAACAACAACGUAUGUGUACUGUCCACUUGAGUUGGACUCCAUGGUUAAGGAUAUUACAAGCCCAGAAACCAACAUCAAACAAUGUAUCCGGGACUUAGAGGAUGACGUGGUCCAACUGACCAACCCAGAAUGGACUAAAGUGAUGGCUCGUGUUUUCGGACUGAAAUGGGAACGCCUACGUAAUGAUCCAACACACCCUUGGGAUCCACGAGGCGAAUGACACGCUGACCACUGCCCCACCAACUGGAAACAACUCAUAAGAGCAGAAUUCCCAUGACAAAGGACUGGGACAAAAUUAUAACUGCACACAGAAACCCGGAGAGACAGUGGAUGAUUACGUGGAUCACGUAGUCCAGGCCAUCAAGGAUCACUCUGGACUGAAUGACUAAGGUGACAGGUCUCAGUAUGCCAGACAAGUUAUAGCACAUGGACUAGACAAAAAGAUCACUGACAUGAUAAAGAGCAGUUGCAUAGGAUGGCAGAACAAGAAUCUACAGGAGUUUAUUGACCAUGCCAAACACGCUGAACGCAUCCUACGUGACAAACAGUCUAAGACUCAGAAUUCACUUCAGAUGGCACAGCUGAACUAUUAUCAAGGGGGACAGUUUAACGGCCAGAGGGGACGUGUUGGACGUGGAGGACAGGGACGAGGCAGAGGCCGAGGUAGAGGUGAGCAGUAAUGGGGCAGCUGCCUCAGGUCAGGUGGCUCAGAUGGGUGCAACUGCCCAGGACCCCCAACAACAACAACAGCAGCCCAAUGCUUGGCAGGUGAUUAAAGGUGUUCUCUUCAGGAUUUUUAUCAUCUGGGCUAUAAGCAGCUGGUUCCGCAGAGGUCCAUCAACUCCAGAUCCCAGCACUCCUGCUGGAGCUCCACGAGUGCCAAGCCGCAACCUCUUCCCCAAGGACACCCUUAUGGAUUUAUAUAUAUAUAUCUCUGAGAAUGAGAUAUUUACAGAUUUCAACGACACAGAAGCCCUUUUCUGGUUCCAGCCAGAUCUGGUGUAUGGCGACUGGACCACAGGAGACUCGGGGGAUGGCUGCUUUGAGCAUUACAAAGAGCUGAACCUCUCUGAGAGUGUGAAGCAGAACGGUUCUAUAUAUAUCCACAUUUACUUCACCAAGAGUGGUUUCCACCCAGACCCCAAACGCAAGGGACAGUACCGCAGGCUAUCCACUGUUUAUGCCACUCGAAUGCUUAACAAGUACAAGCGGAGAAAGUUCCUCAAGACCAAGAACUUAUUGACAGGAGAGACUGAAGCCGAUCCAGAAAUGAUCAAGCGGGCAGAGAGUCACGGGCCUGUGGAGAUCAUAUCUCAUUGGCACCCCAACCUCACCAUCAACAUAGUGGAUGAUCACACAGCUUGGGUGAAAGGCUCUGUCCCCCCUCCCCUGGACCAGCAUGUGACGUUUGAUGCAGUGAGUGGAGACUACUACCCUAUUGUGUAUUUCAAUGACUACUGGAACCUGCAGAAGGACUACUACCCCAUAAAUGACACCUUACAGAAUCUGCCUCUGCGACUCAACUACUGUCCCCUCUCAUUGUGGCGCUGGCAGCUUUAUGCCGCUCAGAGCACUCGCUCACCCUGGAAUUUCCUGGGAGACGACACUUAUGAGCAGUCAGAUGAGGACCAGGAUUCUGUUAAGGUAGCUUUACUUGAGACCAAUCCAUAUCUCCUUGGCCUGACAAUCGUUGUUUCCAUCGUCCACAGCAUUUUUGAGUUCUUGGCCUUCAAGAAUGAUAUCCAGUUCUGGAACAGUCGUCAAUCUCUUGAGGGGCUCUCCGUGCGCUCCAUCAUAUUUGGGGUGUUCCAGUCUCUGGUGGUGCUGUUGUAUAUCCUGGACAAUGAGACCAACUUUGUCGUGCAGGUCAGCGUAUUUAUCGGACUGCUCAUCGACUUCUGGAAGAUUACCAAAGUUAUGGACGUCAGGUUGGACAGAGAGAACAGGAUUGCUGGAAUUUUCCCACGGUUGAUAUUCAAAGACAAGUCCACAUAUGUGGAGUCUUCAACCAAAAUCUAUGAUGAUAUGGCCUUUAAGUAUCUGUCCUGGCUGUUGUACCCUCUCUUUGGGUGCUAUGCAGUUUAUAGCUUAUUAUAUGUGGAGCACAAAGGCUGGUACUCAUGGGUACUCGGUAUGCUUUAUGGGUUCUUGUUAACCUUUGGUUUCAUCACCAUGACACCACAGCUCUUCAUCAACUACAAGAUGAAGUCAGUAGCCCAUCUUCCCUGGAGGAUGCUCACCUACAAGGCCCUGAAUACCUUUAUAGAUGACUUGUUUGCCUUCGUCAUCAAGAUGCCAAUGAUGUACAGAAUAGGUUGUCUCAGAGAUGAUGUGGUGUUCUUCAUCUAUCUGUACCAGCGCUGGAUUUACAGAGUGGAUCCCAACCGUGUCAAUGAGUUUGGGACCAGCGGAGUUGACCGAAACAGGGACAGCUCAGCCCAGCCAGCAAUUGACGACACAGUCGCUGCCAUCACAGAUAAAUCAGAGGGGGAGAAGAAGAAUGAUUAACCCCUUUUUAAACCCCACCAUUACCCUCCAGUCUUGUGAAGGUGUAUUCAAGCAUCUUCAAGGCUGAGUUCAUGUUUAAUUGUCAGGGAAGGAACUGGAUUAAUGGUAUUACGUUGAAGACUGCAGAAAAAAAAGUUCCUCUGUAUGCGAUCCAUGGGAAAAAAAAUAAUUCUAUUUAAUGUAGACUAAUUUUUUUCAAUCUCCCACAUUUUUGCAGUCAAAGUGAAGUAAAAUGUGAUGUACUGUAUUGUAUAUUUUGGGGUUGGUAACACUAAUAAUUUGAAGGUUUAGGUGGUCCGUAAUUAAUCUUAUUGGCUGGAGUGAAUAGAGCAAUUGCAGUACAUAUAUAUAUAAUUUUUUUAUAAAGUACAAGAGAAAGGAAAAGAGGCCAAAUGGAGCCUCACUGUUCUGAUUCUGUGUACUAAGUUUAUUUUCAUUCCAUGUGUGACGGGGUACCAGGAAACCGUUGUGUAGUGUAGGACGGAAGAGGCCUGGAAAGACUAGCCAUUCUGUUCCACGUUUUUAAAACAAUUGAUGUUUCAGAUUUGAAAAGAAAAAAAUAACAGCCUUGUAGGUAUUAAUAUAUGAUUAUAUAUUAAUAUUACUAAUAACUAUGAUCGUGAUUUUUCUCGUUUCUAAGCCCCUGAGUUUUCUUUUGUAUCCCAGCUUGUAAAACUGAAAUUGUGCUAACGUCAACCUGUCUAGCAAUAGCUCAAUUGCCAGUCCUCUUACUGAGAACUUGUUUCAUUACAUUCACACUCCAAAGCUGGACCACCGUGUGUCACGUGUCCAAUUCAGCUCGAGACAUAGCACAGUCCAAGAAUGCUUGAGACGAAAUGCCUGGUUUGUCCUUUUUUUGGUGCCGUAAUUCUGAAUUGAUUGGGCUUUUAUUUUGGUACAGUCAAAAUUUGAUCACUCAUGUUUAUAGUAAAGCAUAAGUGCAGUUUAAAGCAGAGUCUGUUAAGAGUUGUGUCUUUGUCAUUUUGGAUAUCUGCUUUUGACAGACUCACACAGGAAAAAAAAACAACAUAUCAAAUAAAAAUGAUCAUGCAAAGAUUUCAAAAAGUAAAAACUUCAAAUUAAGAAAAAGUGUUAAACGUGUGAAAUGCGUAUCUUGCCCUAGGGUUUAGCAUGGAUCUCUUUUGCCAGUGCAGAAAGUUCAGGCACUGAAUCUUUUGUUCAUAUUUAAAUAUUUACAGUCUACAUUUACAUUUGAGCAAUGUGACUGAGCAGAAGAAAAGCUCUGCAUUAUCUUCUAGAAGCACAUUUCAUUAGUACAGUGGCAUUGUUUGAGAACCAUUGCCUUUAUUUCAAUUUGUCUGAGACAGACUGAAUUAUUUAGCUAUUUUGCAUGUUUUACAAUGGUGCAAUAUGAACAUGGGUUAUAAAAAGAUAAAACUAUGAGCAAUGGGGAAACAAGUUAUUUUCUAUGCAUACACGGACAAUUUGGAGCCUCAGAUAUAUAGAAGAUUACUUUGCACUGUUAUCCAUUAUCAACAGAUUUCAACUCUAUGCAAAACUUGGUAGAGCUACAUAUAUAAAGAUACAUAUUCAGGAAUUAAUCUAAGUUUAUUCUUAAAUUCUCCGGUGUGUUCAGCCUUUUCACCAGCUGUAUCAUAUAAUCCGAAAAUAACUUAAUCAUAAUAAACCACUACAACACUGUAAAUGCUACUAUCUGUAGCAUAAUAAAUCGUGUGACGAACUAAGUGUUUGGUAAAGCUUUACAAUAAGGUUCCAUUAGUUAACAUGAACUAACAAUGAACAAUACUUUACAGCAUUUAUUAGUCUUGUUUAAUGUUAAUUUCAACAAAGUUGUCAUUCACCCAAAAAUUAGUUCUCUCAUCAUUUACUCACCCUCAUGACAUCCCUGAUGUGUAUGACAUUUCUUUCUUCUGCUGAAUGCAAAUGAUGAUUUUUAGAAGAAUAUCUCAGCUCUGUAGGUCCAUGCAAGUGAAUGGUGACCAGACAUUUGAAGUAGAGACUAAAAAUAAAAUGGUUUUUCAUUUCGGUUC